AUGGCGGGGCCCUGGCCCUGGGCCUGGCUGGCAUUCCUCGCCUUUCCUCUCGGCCACUGCCAAAUCAAGGUGAUCACGCCGCCCGAGCUCCUUUCGAAGUUUCAUGGCACCCGUGGGAGGAUCGCGGGCUCCACCGCCACCUUCGGUGCACCCUUUUAUGGUGAUGUUGUGAUGGGUCGACUCGUCUACGGCCACUCGAAAAAAAACGACGUCUACUGCAGCCAGGAGGACUACGACGUCCCGAGCCCCGAGACCUUCCAGACGGAAGGCAGUAGCUACCGCAAGGUGAAGCUCCUGAACAUUAUCAUGGUGCGUCGGGGCAAGUGCUCUUUUACGACGAAGGUCAAGGUGGCGCAGGACAAGGGUGCCCACGCUGUGAUCAUCGUGGAUCGUGAGGAUUCGUCCCUCACGGCCGAGAGCCUUGCGAACAUUAUCGUCGCCGACGACGGCUACGGCAGCAGUGUUUACAUUCCCUCGGUGUUGAUCUCCAAAGAGGAUGGCCAGCAGCUUAUCAGCGCGGCCCAGUCCACCGAGGUCGUCAUCGAGCUCGCCUGGAAUUUGCCAACCGAUCACGUGGUCACCAUGGACAUGUGGAUGAGCUCGGGCUCCAGUCAGUCCAUGCAGUUCUUGAAGGACUUCGCUCCCAAGCGAAGGACACUCAACGAGGUCAUGAUUUUCAAUCCACAUUAUGCCGUCUUCUCCAUGGACACCAAUGACCCUGCGGUUUACUCAGGGGUCUGCUUGGAGAACGCCGGCAGCAAGGGCGAGUUCUGCGCCGAGGACCCCGACGGUGCCGGGGAAGUGACAGGCAAAGAGGUCCUUGAGGAGGAUGUGCGGCAGCUUUGCAUCCACGAAGCUACCAAGGUCGCCAGGAGCAGCAUGGAGGUCAGUCGAAGCGGGCAGGCCGUCGAGUACGCGGAGAAGUACUGGGACUACAUGGAGAAGUAUCCCCUCAGGUGCCCCGUGGACGGCACGGGUUCCCAAAAGUUCGGCGAAGAGUGCUCCAUCGCGGUCAUGAAAGACGUCGGGAUCAACGCUGACGAGAUCGUCCUGUGUUCGAUGACCUCCAAGGUGGAGAAGCUGAGACAGCAGCUGAAAGACACGGCCUGGUCGGACCAGGCGAUCCGAGUCAACGGCUGGCGCUUCAAGGGCAUCGUCACGGCGGAUCUUGUCGUCCGUGCAAUCUGCUCCGGAUUUAUCCACCAGCCACCUGAGUGCAGCAAGCUGGUGGAGAAGCGAGACGUCUUCGUGCCGUACGUCGUGCCGGUCAGCGGCGGCGUGAGCUUCGGGGAACUCUUGGCCUGGCUGUUGGCCACCGUCGCCCUGGGCUUCGUCUGCAUGCUGAUGUACAAGCGUUACCUCAAGAAGGAGAUGCGCAGCAACCUCCGGGAGGAGGUGAUGCUGGAGGUGCAGGCCCAGAUGGGCGAGUACGCUCAGCUCCGGGGCGCCUGA